AUGGCCACCAGACGUGCUCAUACUGAGGAUGACCUUUCCUGUCCAAUUUGUGGACUUAUUCUCAGUAAGCCUGUGGUGCUCACUUGCAGACACAAAUUCUGUAAAGCCUGUCUGAAAGACAGCUGGGACACACAAGACAGCGGGGAUUCACACUACUGUCCUUUGUGCUGGCGCCGUUCCUCCAUGGAUCAAAUAGUGGUGAGCACUGUGCUGGAGAAGGCCUGUGAAUCCUUCAAGAAGGACAGAAGCAAGAAUGACCCAGAGGCUUGUCAAGAGCAUGGAGAAAAGCUCACACUCUUCUGUCUGGAAGACUUGGAGCCAAUUUGUGGUCUGUGUGGGAAAGCAGCUGCACACUCUGGGCACCGGCUCUAUGCCAUUGGGGAAGGUGCUCAUGACUGCAAGGAGGAACUGAAGAGUGCACUCUUCCCUUUGAAAGAGAAGUUACAGCUGUACAAGAAGGCAAUAAUGGACUGUGAGGAAAUGGCAGAACAUGUCAAGAACCAAGCUGAACAUACUGAAACACAGAUCAAAGAGGAAUUUGAGGCCCUUCACUGUUUCCUUAAAGAGCAGGAGGCUGCCAGACUUUGUGAUUUAAAGGCUGAGGAGGAUCAGAAGAAUCGGAUGAUUAACCAGAGGAUUGAGGAGCUCAGCGAUGAAAUAGCAUCUAUUUCCAACACCAUCAAAUUAGUUGAACAGGAGAUGACAACUCAAGAUAUCCCAUUUCUUAAGAAAUACAAGGAAACAAUAAGAAGAACUUGGCAAAGUUGUCCUGAUCCCCAAAUGAUUUAUGGUGCUCUGAUUGAUGUGGCCAAGCACGUGGGCUCUCUGAAAUACAAAGUGUGGGAGAGGAUGAAGAAGAUAGUUAAAUACAAUCCUGUGAUUCUGGAUCCCAAUACAGCAGCUAGCUGCUUCAUCCUCUCUGAGGAUCUCACAGUUGUGCAGAACUCUACCCAGAUUUUCAAGCUGCCAGACAACCCAGAACGCUUUGAUGUCAGUGCUGAGAUGUUGGCUGCUGAGGGCUAUUCCUCUGGACGCCAUAGCUGGGAUAUGGAGGUGAAUGACAACACCUACUGGGUGGUGGGAGUAGCCAGUGAGUCAAUCAACAGGAAGGGUAAACACAUACUAACACCAGCAGAGGGAUUCUGGACUAUAAGGUUUCGCAAUGGAGAACAUAAGGCCUGCACAGCACCGUGGGAGCCACUCAACAUGACCAAGAAGCCUGAUGUGAUAAGAGUGGUUUUAGACAUGGACCGAGGUAAAGUGACCUUUUACGACCCUAGAGAGAGAACACCUCUCUACACCUUCACAAAUGUUGUCACACCAAGAGCCUUUCCUUACUUUUGCACUGCCUGCAAAGAGCAUCCACUGAAAAUUAUACCCACAAGGAUAUCCUUAUCAACGGACCAGUAAUUCAACUU